AUGGCUUGCGGUUUAAAACUCGCCGCCGCCCGAUACGGCGCAUUGAACGGGCAACACUUGCGUCAACGAGUCUCCCUCAAUGCCUUGCGACGAUAUUCGUCCCAGACUACCCCUCCUACCUCUCCUUUCGCGCCUCGCCAUUUCCUCUCCAUUGCCGAUCUGACCCCUACCGAGUUCGCUACCCUCGUCCGCAAUGCCUCUUCGUACAAACGCUCGAUCAAAUCGGGCUCCCUGCCUCAGAAUCUCCUUGGAGCCCUGACCGGGAAGACCGUGGCCAUGAUAUUCAGUAAACGGAGUACUCGAACUAGGAUUUCGACCGAGGGUGCCGUGGUGCAGAUGGGAGGACACCCGAUGUUUCUGGGAAAGGAUGACAUUCAAUUGGGUGUUAAUGAGUCCCUUUACGACACGGCGGUGGUGGUCUCUUCGAUGGUUUCUUGCAUUGUGGCUCGCGUCGGCAAGCAUGCCGAAGUUGCCGACCUCGCGAAGCACUCGACCGUCCCUGUGAUUAACGCUCUCUGUGACUCAUUCCACCCGCUGCAAGCCGUUGCCGAUUUUCAGACCAUGCACGAAACUUUCACACCCAAGGCUCAUCAUCUCUCCAGCCUGGGUCUGGAGGGCUUGAAGAUCGCCUGGAUCGGCGAUGCGAAUAACGUUUUGUUUGAUAUGGCCAUUGCGGCAGCCAAGAUGGGCAUUGACCUGGCUGUUGCCACGCCCAAGGGCUACGAGAUUCCUGCCCACAUGCUGGAGAUCAUCCAGAAGGCCGGAGAAGGCGUGGCCAGCCCCGGAAAGCUCAUCCAGACUACUGUUCCUGAGGAGGCUGUCAAGGACGCAGAUGUUCUGGUCACAGACACAUGGGUAUCCAUGGGACAGGAAGCCGAAUCGAUCAAGCGGCUCAGGGACUUUGAAGGCUUCCAGAUCACAGCCGAUCUGGCCAAACGUGGUGGUGCCAAGGAAGGGUGGAAAUUUAUGCACUGCUUGCCCCGUCACCCGGAGGAGGUGCACGAUGAAGUCUUCUACAGCCAGCGGUCCCUAGUCUUCCCUGAGGCCGAGAACCGGCUGUGGGCUGCAAUUUCUGCUAUCGAGGCAUUCGUUGUGAACAAGGGGAAAAUCGGUUCUGCAUCCCAAAGCGGGAGCGGAUUUCGAUCCCGCCGCUCAUAUCCCUCACUAAAUCAUGUUUCGCUCGCACCAUUGACAAAUCGGUUCCCCAUCGACGACGAGACAGAACCACAGGACUAUUUCUCACCACGAGAUGAGCGACCUGCCGACACACCAACCCGGACAUCCUAUCUCUCAAGCUUUUCCGUUCCAGGGACCCCGGGCGUCCUCUCGUAUUCCCGCAGCGGAUCCCGAGUCCGUCUGCACUCCCGAAGCAAGAGCUCAAGUCGUAUCCACCGCAGCGACAGCAGCCUGCAGAGCCAGGACGACGCACAACCCCUGCACCAUCACCAACCACAUGGAUCCAACAAGAAGCACGCACCCUCGUCGCGGCAUCAGCCGUCCGAGUCAGCCGGACGCCGCGAUGCAGAAUGGAUGCUUCGGGCCGGGAUCGCGCUCGCUUCGUCUACGCGAGAGGAAAAAGGCCAGAGCUGGCUUGUGAAACGCGAGAGCUCGACGAGCCUCGUCUCGGAAAUGAAUCACGAUAGCCCGGUUUUGGCCCGCCGGUCGAGAUCCGGGAGGUCUACGCCGGCCGCGCAUUCGAGAUGGGGAUCCCGUGCGGCAAGUCGAAGGAACAGCAGACCCGAUCUGGCUAUGACGAGCCUCGAUGUGCUCUCCACUAAAUCAGGAUCGAAUGCUCAUUUCUCGGCCGGUCCCGACGAGGAGACACGCCAUUUCGUCCCUGACUUUGUAGAUGAGCGUAUCCGCGCGGAGAUGGCAUCCAUCCAGCAAUUCGAGGUCGGGUAUGCAUCGGCCUCGGACGAGGAGUCCGACUCGGAGGACGAGAUCGACGAGCAGGAACUGCAGCGUUUGACUCGGGAGAGGGGAUUCGGCCUGGGCAGCUGGAUCGAUCGGAUGGUCGAGUGGACACUAUUCGGUGUCGAAGAUCUACCUCUUUCUGCAAAUGCUCAGUCCGUCCAGCCAGCAAAGCAUCCCGACGUAUCUCCAGAGGAGAACAAUGUCCUCGAUGAUCACUCUGCGGCAGAAUUGACCGAUGACAAUGCUAGCGUGUCGGCUGACGAAUCUAUAGGUUCGACUGUGGUAGAGAAGCCAGGGGAGAAUGGAGGCUGGGAGGAUGCAGGGUGGCUCCUCCGUGUCAUGAAGCGUGCACUGUCAUGA